CUUUUUGUCACCAGAAAUUUUAAGUAUACAAUAUGAUGAAAUUAACCAAUCACUUUAUUAUGUUGCAUAUUUGGUUAGUAAAAAAGAUGUACUGUUUUCUGAUGAUCUUGACGCAAUACUCUCUAAUAAUGAAAAUAAAAGUGUCGAUGAUCCACAAGCUACUAUACGUCAGUUAUUAGGCAUUGUUGAUUUUGAUGAUCGAAUGAAUAAGUUAGAGCAAAGAUUUAUAUAUGGGCAUCUUCAUGGUGCAUAUAAAGUAGCUUUACAAAAAGCAUUGCCAUCUAAGUUGAAAUCACAACAUCUUAUUAAAAUUUUGCAAGAAUUUGCUGAUGAAAAUGAUGAAUAUAAUGAAGAACCUUCUGAUGAAGAAUGUGAUCAAUAUGACUCUUUAAGUGAUAAGAAAAAUGCUGAAAUUAUUUUACAGAAUCCAAAAAAAUGA